AUGUCUUCUUUCAAUUCAUCCAUAUUAUUAUUAUUAUUAUUUCUUUGUUGGUCUCUUUGUGUUCUGUCAAGGGCUUGGUCUUCUUUCUAUUCAUCUUUCAAUUCAUCCAUAUUAUUAUUAUUAUUUUUCUUUGUUGGUCUCUUGUGUUCUGUCCUUCAAUUCAUCCAUAUUAUUAUUAUUAUUUCUUGUUGGUCAGGGCUUGGUCCACGCUGUAAUUCUAUUAGCUUCUCUAGGAACAUGUCUUCUUCAAUUCAUCCAUAUUAUUAUUAUUAUUUGUUGGUCUUCUCUGCAGGGAACAUGUCUUCUUUCUCAAUUCAUCCAUAUUAUUAUUAUUAUUUCUUUGUUGGUCUCUUGUGUUCUGGAAAUGUCUUCUUUCAAUUCAUCCAUAUUAUUAUUAUUAUUUCUUUUUGUUGGUCUCUUGUGUUCUAUCCACGCUUGCAGGGCUUGGGCUCCACCACUAGGGCUUUGGUCGUCUUCUUUUCAAUUCAUUGUAAUUAUAUGCUUCUCUUGUGUUCUGUCCCAGGGAACUUGUAUGUAUUCUUUCAAUUCAUCCAUAUUAUUAUUUAUUAUUUCUUUUGUUGGUCUCUUGUGGAACAUGUCUUCUUUCUGUUCAUCCACAUUAUUAUUAUUAUUUCUUUGUUGGUCUCUUUGUGUUCUGUCCUGCAGGUCUGGGUCCACGCCUGUAAUUCUAUGUUGGUCUCUCCUGCAGGGCUUGGUCCAAAUUCUAUGCUUCUAGGGCUUGGUCCACGCUGUAAUUCUAUGUUUCUAGGAAAAUACGUCUUUCAAUUCAUCCAUAUUAUUAUUAUUAUUUCUUUGUUUGUCUCUCUUGUUUCUGUCCUGCGGGCUUGGUCCACGGAACAUGUCUUCUUUCAAUUCAUCCAUGUUAUUAUUAUUAUUUAUUUCUUUGUUGGUCUCCUGUGUUCUUAUCCUGCAGGGCUUGGUCCAUAUUGUAAUUCUAUGUUUCUCUUAGGAAAUGUGUUCUUUCAAUUCAUCCAUAUUAUUAUUAUUAUUUCUUUUUGUUGGUCUCUUUAUGUUCUGUCCUGCAGGGCUUGGUCCACGCUGUAA